GGCUGUUUUGACACAAUUUAUGAGCUGCAAUUGCAAAAACACCUUACUAAAACAAAGUAGGCAAUCCGUAAGAGGCAGAAUUAAAAUCUACUCAAUUCGUGAAAGUGACAAAACUUCUGGUAGUGAUCAGUUCCCAUCGCUCGAGUCAACAUAAAAAUUGUACUACUCGUUCAGAAAUGAUAUUUGCUUUUUUCUUCGACCCAAAACAGCAGUGGCUUCUCGGGUGAAGAAGACUGGGUCGGACGAUCGAAGCUGCUGGAACACAGAAGCACCCUGAAUAAUAACGGCGGCUCCCGGUGCUGCGGUGCGGCCUGGGGGUCCCCAGCACAGUCCAUUCUGAGGCCUGGCUGGCCUUCACUCCUGAGGGCCCGGCCGACACACGCGCAGACACGCUCCGCCGCAGCCGCGGCCGCAGCCGCUUCCCCUUUAAACACCCGCGUACCCGCCCACGGGGGAAGACCCCGGAAGUGACGUCACUGCCACGAAGUCGGAUGCCUCCGCCAGGCGCGGCCUUCGCUCCCCAAAACGUCCGUCCGCUGGCUCCACAGGUUUCCUCGUUUAGCCCUAACUCGCCGCCUUGGCCUCCCUCGGACCCCGUUUCUCCAGUCGCUUGUCUCCCGUGACACAGCCUCAGCGCACGCCAGCGCAGGACUGGCCUAGUUUCGGAGACGCAGAAAGGCGUGGCGGCAGGGUCCCGCCCUCCUAGAGUGACGUACUUCCGGAGGCGCCGCGCGGCCGACUCAAGCUGUGCGGGGAGGAGGGUCCAGGGGGACCGUGGAAUGGACGCUUUGCCCGGGUCCCGCCCCUUCCGAAUGGCGUACUUCCGGAGAGUCGGGGCAGGGGCGGAGCCCUCGCAAGAGGAGGGUCGCGUAGCGGUGUCUGCAUUGGACGCUUGGCCUGGGUCCCGCCCCCUCGGGGGGUGACACGUUUCCGGAGGUUGGCGGGCGGGCCUGGAGCCGCUGGGGCCGCAGCUUCUCGGUGGGCGUUUGGAAUGGAUGCCCUGGCCGGCAUGAUGCAAGACCUCCUGACCCAGAACCACGCUCUUCGCAGGGAGAACAAUGAGCUCAUGGACCAAGUGCGGCGCCUGCUGUGCGAGAAGGCCAACCUCCUGGCCCAGGUGCGUCCCCCGCCCUGCCCCGUGGCUUUCCCCGAAUCCUUCCAGGGCGACUCCGCCCGGCUCCCCGAGUUCCUGAUUCAAGCGCACGCCUACAUGAGCUUCUUCGAGGCCAGGUUCUCCAGCGACACCCUGAAGGUGGCCUUUCUCAUCAGCCGCUUCUCGGGGCCGGCGGAGCAGUGGGUGGUCCCCUUCAUCGAGCGGGAGAGUCCCAUCCUGUCUCAGUAUGAGGCCUUCGUGGACGCCCUAAAGCAGACCUUUGGUAGGAAUGUGUGAAGGAAGAUAUCAGGGCCGCAUACCGGUGCUCCGGGGCCGGCUGCACGCCCAGCACGCUCCACGAUUUGGGGCCUGCUUGGCUCCCACUCACCAAUAACUUCCCAGCGCCAAGCGGCUGGGUCCGACCCUGCUGGGAAUCUUGGCUCCUUGUUCUUGUCAACCCCAGUGCCUUUGCAACCACGGCAAGUGACAGCACCGGGACCUCUAAGAAAUUGGAAGACCCAGAAUGACAUUCCUGCCGUUUCCGAACACUGCUUCUGACGGCUUUGAAAAUCAGAUCGAACGUAAAAGAGUUUGAUGGUGUCGUACAUCCUCCUGGUCAGGCCUAAAGUCAACCUUCUGGGGUUCGUGUGCCAGCCAGAUUCCUUCUGAAACUAUUUGCUUUCAUAGCAGUCUUGGAGAUUGUGCCUUUUGGUUCAAAAAGCCCAGGUCCUGGACACUACCUGGAAAACAUCUACUUUUACUAUUCUUAUAUACAUAGUUCAUAUGUGCAUGUAAUUUACAAUAACACGAUUAGUAUUGUAUUUAGUGUUACAGAAGACAGACGAUUAAGACAAUGUAUUAGUCUUCAAGAACAGUUAUUAUGUUUUAAGGGGAAAAAUCCCACAUGCAGAUUUAAAGUCCUACUUAGACAAUGCAUUUGUGUGUAAAGAAUGUGCA